AUGGCACUCUCCAUGCUCCUGCUGUUGUCGGCGGCCCUCACCUGCAGCUCCUUGGCCACGCGGAUCGUGACGGUGGAUGAGCCUGCGGGCAACCGCACACAGCAGCCCCUUGCUGGCUGCUGGGGGCGCACCUUUUUUGGCGGAUUGGAUGGUUGCCAGAUUUUUACAUCAUACGAUGCAUGCACGAAUCGCUAUGUUUUCGACCGCUAUCACAACAAAUUCGGCGCGUGCCAGUGGUGGGGGGGCGUUCAAUGUGUCUUCGACUACGAGCAUGACAUGCCUCCACUGCUACCGGAAGAGUGCGACAAGGGCUUCAUCGAGCAGAAUAUUCCUGGCGGUUACACCAAAUUUUACCGGGAUUUCUGCAUAGAAAGGCUCUGCAUCAUCCGACAAAGGGGGGGCUGGGAUUCCGAUGAAGGCGAUUCCGAUGAAGGCAAAGGUUUUUGGGAUCAGAUGCGGAAUUUCAGAUUCAGCUAUUGGAAGUUUGUCCCUUAUCCCGAAGCCGUUCCUGGCCCGCCGGACCGUCGUGGUCCCUGGCCUCAAGAUUAUGGGGGCCUGCGGUGGAUGAAGCAUCGGCUUCAGGGGUACGUGGGAUGGGCUCAGGCCAUCCAGGAGCGUUGCCCAGUGCCACCCGCAUGGACCGGAGUGUGGUGGAGCCAGGAUCUCUUUGCCGACCUGAUCUACUCCGACGGUUCCGACCUCUACUGGUCCCAAAACCAGUGCCGACGGCGUUGA